AUGUCCGUGGUACAUCGGUUGACGGCAGGGUGGCUCGUGGAUCAUCUCUCUUUCAUCAACCAGUGUGGCUAUCAGAUCUGUGACUCUUUUGCAUACCCUGGUGAUGUCACUCUCAAUAUGUCUGUCACUUCUACUGGAGAUUGUCAUGCUACUUCUACUUUUGCUGCCACCUCUUCAUCGAGAGAUGGUCCUAUUCCUGGUCCCGGAGAUGUGGUAGAAACAGAAGGUAAAACAGCAGAAAAAAGAUACGUGUUUCGGGAGGAGUUCUUUGACAUUUCUAAGCCCCAUAUAGCUGCAGCUCCUGAGGAGCAGCUGUGUCAGGGGUGCCCUGAGGUGAAUCUCACAGAAGUAAAGGCCAUCAGCAACAGAGAGGAACACCAAAAAGGAACCAACAGUGGCAUCAGAGAUUCUGUUGCCAGUGCUAGGAAGAAACGUAAAAGAAAAUGUAUGUUCAACCAAGGUGAGCUGGAUGCUUUAGAAUACCAUUCAAAGGUCAGGAAGCUUAUUUGGGAAGGCACUUUACAUUUAGUCCAAGAAGGACUCAAAAGUGGUUUUCUUCACCGUGCUUCUGCAGAACUCAGUUGCAGGAAGGAUAUUGUUCCUGGCCACCUUGCCUGUGGGUUGGCUGAAUUAUGUGAGAUGGCAAAGCAGUUUCCAGCUGUGAAUGAAAGUGACCGUCAAGCUGUACAUGUGCUAGAUGAUGAAACCGCCAUUCCAGAGCAAGACCUGCUUUCAUGUGUUACAGAAAACAACUCAAACUAUGCAAAGAUAGUUGUGUUAAUGGGGCAGAAGUACUUGGUGCCACCAAAGAGCAGUUUCCUUUUAUCUGAUAUUUCACGUUUGCAGCCCCUGCUGGACUACAAAAAGUAUGAUGUAAUUGUGAUUGAUCCACCGUGGGAGAACAAGUCCGUUAAAAGGAGUAACAGGUACAGCUACUUAUCUUCGUGGCAAAUCAGACAAAUUCCUGUACCAGUACUAGCUGCUCCAAAUUGUCUUGUAGUCACGUGGGUGACUAACAGACAGAAGCACUUACAUUUUGUGAAGGAUGAACUUUAUCCUCAUUGGUCUGUGAAAACACUUGCUGAGUGGCACUGGGUAAAAAUUACUAGAGCUGGAGAAUUUGUAUUGCCUUUGGAUUCUUUACAUAAAAAGCCCUAUGAAGUUCUUGUAUUGGGGAGAGUUCAAGGAGACAAAAAGGAAGCCUUAAGAAAAUCUGAAGAUGUACUCCCGCUUCCAGAACAUAAGUUAAUUGUUAGCGUACCCUGCAGUCUGCAUUCACAUAAACCCCCUCUUACUGUGGUUCUGUCAGAGUUUAUCAAGCCAGAUGUGGAGUGCUUGGAGCUGUUUGCUCGCAACCUACAGCCUGGCUGGACCAGCUGGGGAAACGAGGUUUUGAAGUUUCAGCACAUUGAUUAUUUCACUCUUCUGCAGAAUCAAAACUGA